GGAUAUUUGGACCUCUUUAGCAAAAAUUCUUCAUCUUCAGCAACAAUUUUAGCUUGCUGCUCACUCAAUGCUGUCUGUAUAGCCAAAAAUUGCUCGUCUGUAGUUGCUCAACCAUGGCAAAUACUCAGCAAGAGGAUCCUGUUCGUCCUCGACGAUCAAAGCGUCCUAGCAGUGCAAUCUCACCCAUCAAGCCAGCAGAGGAGAGUCAUCAUGUCUCUUCCAGCAGAACGCCUUCUAAAGCUCGGCCCAAGAAGAAAGCUCGCUUCUCUGAACCCGCUAUUGUUACAGCACCCGACUCCACUGGCCUUACUCCGUGGGUGGGCAAGACCAGCCUCAAGACUCCUAAGAGGAGGGCAUCAACUCCAGCUCCAGCUACUCGUCAUCAUGAUUCGGACUCUGAGUAUGAUCAAGUUCAGUUCACUCCCUUCCGUGAAACAUUGGAACCUCGAACCAUCCGUCGCAUCCGUCGCCAUGGCUUGAGCGAGGAGAUGCACAAGUUUGAAGCCGACAAUAAAUCCAAAGAGCAGCUCCAGCAGACUCUUCAAAUCAAAGAAAAGGAGGUUCAGCGUCUCAAGGAUGAAUUGCAGCAGGCCCGUGACAAAAACACCAUCUUGCAGGACGACAUCAAUUCCAGUCAAGGUAUCAUUGAUGAGGCCGAGGCCCAGCUCCAUCAGUUGAGACAGAGCUUCAACGACGACACUGAAGUGUUGUCUUGGAGUGAGUUUCCCGAUCGAACCUCCCCAGCCAACAUCGACAACGAUAACGCCGGGGUGAUUCACAUCUACGAGGACGAGGAUGUCUCUUCACGCCCUGCCAAUCUCGAGAGUGACGAUGCCUUGGCCAUGGGGUUGGAACUCGAGUCAGCCCGUCAGGCAAAGCAGGCAUUGUUUCGAUCUAGUCAGACUGGACCUAGUUUGUCCAAUCUUCUGGUCUUUGCCGACUCACCCGUCAAGCCCACUUCCAUGUCCGGCAACCUCCCAUCAACGCCAGCCACAUUCUAUCAAGAUCUUUCGAAACAACUCAAAGUUGCAAUGAGUAGAGCGGAAGACGCAGAGCUUGCCCUUCAAGCCAUGACCGUGGAAAUCCAAAGUCUAGGUUUCUCCUACGACAACGCCGAUGCUAGCUCCACCAUUUCCAACAUCAAGUCACAUUUCCGCCAAAUGCGACUCAAUCUCGAGCGUAUCAUUCCCGGUGAAACAGUUGGAACAUUUGAUAACGCCAACUUGCUUCCUGAAAUCAUGGCUAAACUUCGCUUGGCCGCACAGACAGUUCGAGAUCGUGAAUCGGAACUCAAAUCCAUGAGAGAUCAACAGAAGUCACUCAAGGGCAACUUCGACCACGCCAUUCUAGCUGCCGAGAAAGCCAAUGCACGAGUCAAAGACCUCGAAGAGGCUCUCGACAAGAACGCAGAAGAGAUGCUCGAGAUCCGCAUGCGCGCACAGUCAUGGGAACGAGAAGCCAAGGAACACGAAGCCAACAACCAGUCGCUGAUCGCAGCUCUAGACAAAUACCGGGGAGAAGUUACGCGUCUAGAACAGCUGGUCCAACUGGUUGAAUCCGAACAAGCAUCUCGACUUCAAGACGUGCGUAACGCGACACUAGCCGAAUUCCGCCAACAAGUAUCCGACUUGGAAGCCAAAGCCGCCGCCGAAACACGUGGCCGAAGAGCGGCAGAAGACUCUGCCGUUGAAAGACUAAAGAAAAUCAACGAAUUGGAAUCAACUCUAACAUCGGCACGCCAGAUGUCCGAAGACCUGCACCAGCAAUUACGAACACUGGAAAAAGAACACAGCGGUACAAUCAGCACACACACAGCUGAAACAGGAAACCUCAACAGUAGAGUGUCGAAUCUAGCCACGGCACUCGCAUCAGCGAAUCAACAGAUCGAGCGUCUACAAACCAUGAACUCACGCCUCGAGGAUCGCUACCGUCACGAAGUCGAUCAGGGCGCCAUCGCGCUCGAACGCAUCCAGACAGAAUAUGUGCGCAGCGUGGCGAAAAUGAACGAAGAACGCAAGAAAUACCUGCGUCGCUCCAAAGUGCGUCUGGCAAAUUGGGAUAUUGAAAGUGAUGGUCUCAUCCCAUCCGACGACAUUACUGGACCCAUGACUCCUGCGAGCAUGGUUCGGUUUGCCGAUGAUGUUGAUGUCGAAGAGGCCGACACACACCAUCAACCCGAAGCACACUCCCACUCCCACUCCAACUCCGGAGGAUAUCUACCAUCUGACCCAUUCUCGCCCCAUAGCUCCGUACACGUCCCCGGCUCAGUCGAAAUGUCACGAGGUCGCAGCAAACGACCCAACAAGCGCUCAAGUCUCAAACGGAGUCAUAGUGACGUGGCAGAUCUUGGUCUUGGUGACGAUGAUGACGAAGUCGGUGGCGACGGCUAUACUGUUCCUUCGGUGUCCGAGCCUACUGUCAAGCGUGGUCGUCGUCGAUAUGACAGUGGUAUUGGCAUGGAUGAUUCGGUGAUUGCUUUUAAUGAGAUUGAUGUGCCAAAUGACGGGAAUGACGAGAAUAAUGACGGAGAAGAAGACCAAGACGAGGAUUUGGAUCGAAGUAUGUUGUCAGAUCCGAUUUCUCCGGAUUUGAGUUCGGAAUUGGAUCUUGAUCUUGGUCGAGGUCGUGAUGCACUUGGGUUCCAUGUCAUGGCUUAAGAGGGGGGAGAGGUUCCUUUCUCUUCGUCUACAUGUGUAUGGAGCAUCUUGUCUCAGAAGAGAUUGUCUCUUUAUUGUUCUAUGUCUUUUCGAUGAGGCCGUCUAGUCCAGACGGCCAUCUCACAUCCGAAUCUAUCGGUUUCCUUUGUUAUGGUACGAACUUACAUGGCUUUGGCUUGAAUUGAGAAAUUAAGCGGUUGAGUCAACUAGGACUGGUCUGGAAGCGAUGGACUUUUGAAUGAUAGAUGUGAAUACAUGUUUUGUU